GAUGGGCGUUCUGAGUACCUCAGCCUCUCAAAUAAUACCCUCUUGUGUGUGUUUUCAUUGCAUGGGGGGCUGAAUAGAGAGCUAGGUGUAAAAAGAAAAGUGUAAACAAAAAAAUAAUAAGGGAGGAGGAUAGAGAGAUUAUUUGCCCUCUCAAUCUUUCUUCCUGAACUGGGUUCCUCUUUUUCUUGUUAUUGAGCAACGAAAAGAUGGCCUCCGAUAUUUCUUUAGAAGCGAUCAAGAACGAGACGGUUGACCUUGAACAUGUCCCGAUUGAGGAAGUGUUCAACGAGCUAAAAUGUUCAAAGGAUGGUUUGACAUCUGCAGAAGGGGCAAAGAGGCUGGAGAUUUUUGGCCCCAACAAGCUUGAGGAGAAGAAAGAGAACAAACUGCUCAAGUUCUUGGGCUUUAUGUGGAAUCCUCUCUCAUGGGUUAUGGAGAUUGCUGCGAUCAUGGCCAUUGCUCUGGCCAAUGGAGGGGGGAAGCCUACAGAUUGGCCAGAUUUCGUCGGUAUUGUUGUCCUGCUGUUUAUCAACUCAACCAUUAGUUUCAUUGAAGAAAACAAUGCAGGAAAUGCUGCUGCUGCUCUUAUGGCUGGCCUUGCCCCAAAAACUAAGGUUUUGAGAGAUGGAAAGUGGAGUGAACAGGAAGCUUCAAUCCUGGUUCCAGGAGACUUGAUCAGUAUCAAGUUGGGAGAUAUUAUCCCAGCCGAUGCUCGUCUCUUAGAGGGUGAUCCCCUGAAGAUUGAUCAAUCAGCUCUCACCGGAGAGUCCCUACCUGUAACCAAGCACCAAUUCGAAGAAGUGUACUCUGGUUCCACUGUCAAGCAAGGUGAGAUCGAGGCUGUCGUUAUUGCCACUGGCGUCCACACCUUUUUCGGCAAGGCUGCCCAUCUUGUUGAUAGCACCAACAAUGUCGGACACUUCCAGCAGGUGUUGACUUCCAUUGGAAACUUCUGUAUUUGCUCCAUUGCAUUGGGGAUGUUGGUUGAGAUUAUAGUGAUGUACCCGAUCCAGCACAGGAAGUACAGAGACGGAAUUGACAAUCUACUUGUGCUGCUCAUUGGUGGUAUCCCAAUUGCCAUGCCAACUGUCUUGUCUGUGACAAUGGCUAUCGGAUCUCAUCGGCUAUCCCAACAGGGUGCCAUUACUAAGAGGAUGACUGCCAUUGAGGAGAUGGCAGGCAUGGAUGUGCUCUGCAGUGACAAGACCGGAACUCUUACCUUGAACAAGCUUACAGUGGACAAAUCGUUGAUUGAAGUAUUCCCAAAAGGUGUGGAUGCAGACACUGUUGUCUUGCUUGCUGCCAGGGCUUCCAGGAUUGAGAACCAGGAUGCUAUUGAUGCUUCAAUUGUUAACAUGCUAAGUGAUCCAAAGGAGGCAAGAGCCGGAAUCACAGAGGUGCAUUUCCUGCCCUUCAAUCCAGUGGAAAAGCGCACUGCUAUUACCUAUUAUGACAACAACGGAGACUGGCACAGAUGCAGCAAGGGUGCUCCUGAGCAGAUCAUCGAACUUUGUGAGCUCAAAGGGGAGAAUCUGAGGAAGGCUCAUGAAAUCAUUGACAACUUUGCCAACCGUGGUCUUCGUUCUCUUGGUGUUGCACGACAGACGAUCCCAGAGAAGACAAAAGAGAGUGCUGGUGGACCAUGGGAAUUUGUUGGCUUGUUGCCGCUGUUUGACCCUCCAAGGCAUGACAGUGCCGAGACCAUCAGAAAAGCUCUUGACCUUGGUGUCAAUGUGAAGAUGAUUACCGGUGACCAGCUAGCCAUCGGUAAAGAGACCGGUCGUAGACUUGGUAUGGGCACCAACAUGUACCCAUCUUCUACCCUUCUCGGCCAGAGCAAGGAUGAGUCCAUUGCUUCAAUCCCUGUUGAUGAACUCAUUGAGAAGGCAGAUGGCUUUGCGGGAGUCUUCCCAGAACAUAAAUACGAGAUCGUCAAAAAACUUCAAGAGAGAAACCACAUCUGUGGUAUGACUGGAGAUGGUGUGAAUGAUGCACCGGCACUUAAAAAGGCCGAUAUUGGCAUUGCUGUUGCUGAUGCAACUGAUGCUGCUAGGAGCGCGUCGGACAUUGUUUUGACUGAGCCUGGACUUAGCGUGAUCGUGAGCGCAGUCCUAACCAGCCGAGCCAUCUUCCAGAGGAUGAAGAAUUACACCAUUUAUGCGGUUUCCAUCACAAUCCGUAUUGUGAUGGGAUUCUUGCUAAUUGCCCUCAUCUGGAAGUUUGACUUCUCGCCUUUCAUGGUUUUGAUCAUUGCAGUCCUCAAUGAUGGAACCAUCAUGACCAUAUCUAAAGACCGCGUGAAGCCGUCUCCCCUGCCCGACUCGUGGAAGCUUCAGGAAAUCUUUUGCACUGGCAUUGUGCUUGGAACAUACAUGGCUAUCAUGACCGUGGUCUUCUUCUACCUGGCAUCUGACACUGACUUCUUCUCCAACACCUUCGGUGUGAGAUCUCUCAGGGGCAAGCCAGAUGAGCUGACUGCUGCCCUCUACCUUCAAGUGAGCAUCAUCAGUCAAGCGCUCAUCUUCGUGAUAAGAUCACGAAGCUGGUCAUUCGUAGAACGUCCUGGUUGCUUGCUCAUUACUGCUUUCUUGCUAGCCCAGUUGUUGGCUACAAUUAUCGCUGUAUAUGCACACUGGGGGUUUGCACGAAUUCAAGGCAUCGGAUGGGGCUGGGGUGGAGUCAUCUGGGUCUACAGCAUCAUCACCUACUUCCCACUCGACAUUCUAAAGUUCAUCAUUCGUUUUGCUUUGAGUGGCAAAGCCUGGGAUUCCAUGAUCGAGAACAAAACUGCUUUCACAACCAAGAAGGACUAUGGAAAGGGCGAGAGAGAAGCACAGUGGGCAGUGGCUCAACGUACCCUUCAUGGUCUCUCCACUCCUGACGCUUCCACCGCCCUCCUCCACGACAAGAACUACCGUGAACUCUCUGAAAUCGCUGAGCAGGCGAGGAGGAGAGCCGAAGUUGCAAGGCUGAGGGAGUUGCACACCCUUAAGGGACACGUCGAGUCAGUCGUCAAGCUGAAGGGCCUUGACAUUGAGACCAUUCAACAACAUUACACUGUGUAAAAGAGCUGAUUGAUAGUCACAGUUUUGGGAAAUGGAAUGUGAAGAUGAGAGGAACAUGGAAGUGAAGGAGGAUUGACAUAUAACAUUUUGUUUUUUUAACUUUAGAGAUGUUCAAAGAUAGGGCUCUACUCUGUGCUCCAUUGUUUUUAUUUAUUUAUUUAUUUUUAUGAAAAAUAAUUUUUUAUGUAUUUAUUUUUCAGAAUAA